AACCAUUAAAUGCCUUUGGAUGAAGAAGUGAAAGAAAUCAAAGGGAUUCAAGAAAGAAAGAAAGAAAGAGAAGCAUAUAUGUCUUCAAGGGGGAGAAAAAAAGCAGCUAUGCAACGCAUGUUGCAACAGCUUCGAACCGCCACAAAUUCCAGUGCUAUGAACAAAGCCUCUAUUAUUGUUGAUGCCACCAAAUACAUGGAAGAGUUGAAGCAAAAAGUGGAGGGAAUUAACUCAGAGCUAGGAACCGUUGGAUCUUCAUCAUCAACCUCCCAAGAUGAAUUACCAAUGGUCACGGUAGAAACCCUAGAAAGGGGUUUUCUUAUUAAUGUGUUUUCAGAAAGGAAUUGCCCCGGUAUGCUUGUGGCAAUACUUGAGGCCUUUGAAGAACUGGGUCUUGAUGUUCUUGACGCUAGGGUUUCUUGUGAAGACAAUUUCCAGCUUGAAGCUGUGGGAGGAGAAGGUAGUCCUGUAGUGACAAGCAGUGAGUCAAAUGCUUUAGGGAUUGGACUGUAUGAUGAAUUUAGAACUGUAUUUGCUUCUGCCUCGCCUUCUAUUGCCCCAGCAAGUCAUCCAUACCCUUCCUCCACUGGACGCCAACGUCUCGUAUCUGGCUGA